AUGGCAGAUCCCACCUCUGCAGCGCUGCGCCGGCCGCCGCUGCCUCGGUCCGCGAAGAAGCCCGCCUUCUCCGCCCGCCCAUUCUUUACAACCCUCCUCGUCGUGUGCGCCAUCGCCGCCGUCAGCUUGUUCCUGCAUGCGCCCGAAACCGUUGCCUUGCAUGAUGCCUCAGGCCUUGGCCGCCGUGGCCUCUCCGCCCAGGACGAAGAGUGCCGCUUGGUCCACCACGCGCCCGAUAAAUGCGCCUUCGUGCGCGCAAACUGCCCGGACGAAGAGGCCGGCGUAUUCUCCUACUUGCAGCUCUACUACUGCCGCCUGCCGCACGCAAAGCCCGUCGGCUUCGCCAUCCUCGUGGCAUGGCUCGCCCUGCUCUUCUCCACCAUCGGCAUUGCUGCCAGCGACUUCUUCUGCGUCAAUCUCAGCACCAUAUCGGGCCUCCUGGGCAUGAGCGAGAGCAUGGCUGGCGUCACCUUCCUGGCCUUCGGCAACGGCAGCCCCGAUGUUUUCUCCACCUUCGCUGCCAUGAAGACAAACAGUGGAAGCCUGGCCGUUGGCGAGCUCAUUGGCGCCGCCGGUUUCAUCACGGCCGUAGUCGCCGGCUCAAUGGCAAUUGUCCGCCCCUUCAAGGUCGACCGCCGGAGCUUCGUCCGCGACGUCUUUUUCUUCAUAGUCGCCGCUGCCUUCAGCAUGGUAUUUCUAAUCGACGGGAAACUUUCGCUGUGGGAAUGUGCCACCAUGGUUGGUUUCUACAUCGCCUACGUUCUCUUUGUAUUGUGGUGGCACUGGUGGCAUGGCAGGCGGCAGCGACGAAGGUUCAUUGAGGCCACAGCAAGAGGCCAUUACGUCACUCCUGGUGGGGAGGAGGCCGAGGUAUUCGAGCCGUAUCGGGACGAGGAGGAUGCCAGCCUCGAUGGCAGGAAUCAACACCACUCCCGCAACACUUCUGUCGACGACUUGCGCAUGCUGGAGCAAAACAACGAGGACGAUGAGGAUCUUGGAUUCGAGCAUGCCGAUGAGGAAGUCCGUGAGAGAUGGCUCGGAGAGCUCAAUCGCAAUAUGCGCUUGAGUCGACCACGCCUCGGAGAGCGUCGCAACACCAGGCCGCCGCCUAUUCGACCCAGUUUGGUUGGUGCGCUGGAGUUCCGCGCCGUGCUUACUUCCCUGAAGAGGUCCCGCAACAUCCAGUCCAUGCCCAUCAAUUUGCGACGCUAUUCGGACGACCCGACAUUCACCACCGCCCAGCAGCAGGACUACAUGUCUUCUGCAUCCGAUCCUGCCGCAAGACCGCCUUACGAAGUCGAGACUGAGGGGCAGCAUGAUACUUCUCCGGUAGUCGUCUGGCCGAAUCAGGACGUGCGCCCUGGGGCUGCACCUCGCACUCGAGCCGUAUCAGUCAACGAUGCGGACGCGUUGAGAAUACAUCAAGCUGCUUUCAAGCAGCAUCUCGUGCGGCAGCAAGACCUCUUAGGCCCACUGGAUGAGGAUAAUAACAGCCUCAAGGUUCCUCCCAACAAUUCUAGAAGAACAUCUGAUGCUUCGAGUCGAGCCGGCCAGUCUCCUAUAAUCGCCCUCUCUCCAUCACCUUCCCAAGAAGCUUUGAAAGGCCCAGGUCCCACGGUCCACCAGCAUCGCAGGUCGCUCUCACCGGAUCACCUGGCUCCUCCUGAACAGAUUUUUGCGCCUGGCCCGCAAUCCGGUCCGCAUCUAUCAGCUACAUCGUCCACCGCUGUCAGUCCGAAGCACCUGCCAAAGCUGGAUAUUCCGAAAACUGGCCCAGCGAACUCAGAUGUCUCUCCAUUCCCUGCAUAUCGUGACUAUUCUUGGUCCAUCCAGAGCGGCUCACGCCCCGGUAGUAUACGCUUAGUGUCCCCGAGCGCUUCUCCGGUAUCUCUGUUCCCCAACGAGCAUUUCCCUGAAAUUGAAGAGGAGGAGGAGAAGCCCCCAGCAUGGUGGCCAAGCAGAUUCCUCCCCACUCCGCAGAGGAUCACAUCAAAGCUGUUCCCCACUCUGUGCAAGUUUAGCGAGAAAAGUAUCUGGGGGAAGUUACUUGGAAUUGUCGCGGCACCGAGUGUUUUCCUGCUCACAAUUACUCUUCCUGUUGUCGAAGCAGACAGGGAUAAUGAGGACACCAUGCCUGAAUUGAAUCUCCCAAGCCCAGUGGUUAGGACGCCUGCCAGCCACCAUCGGUCCGCACCGAGCACUAUCACCGUCAUUGCUCCCGACGACGACCCUCCCGCACAAGAAGGCCAUUCGCGUACAUAUUCGUCGGAAACGCAGGGAGUCGCUGGCCACGGUAGCACGGCCGGCGUUGCUGCAGCCCACGAAACUCAACAUAGGGCUGCUUACCACGACUCGUCACCAGUGGUGAUCAUAUCGCCCUCUGCGGGCCCUAUGCACCAAUCUCCAGAAGAAUAUGCUUAUCGUCCGCAGACUGCCGGCUCUUCUUCCGAACCCAAGCCGUGGGAUCGUUGGCUUAUCAUUCUUCAGGCAUUCACCGCACCUUUGUUCGUUGUCGUUGUCAUCUGGGCCAAUUUUGAACUGGACAACCCCCGUGCCCUUGUGCGCCCCGUCCUCAUCAGUCUUGCCUGCAGUCUUGCUAUCCUCCUCCUCAUUCUCUCCACCACAACCCCCGAUCGAGCCCCGAAAUGGCGCAUCUCCCUCUCUUUCGCUGGCUUUAUCGUCGCCAUUGCUUGGAUCAGCACUAUUGCCAAUGAGGUGGUAGGCGUCCUCAAAGCCCUCGGUGCUAUCCUCAACAUCAGUGACGCCAUCCUCGGUCUCACCAUCUUCGCUGUCGGAAACUCGCUCGGUGACCUCGUCGCCGACAUAACAGUUGCCCGCCUAGGCUUCCCUGUCAUGGCUCUCUCCGCGUGCUUCGGUGGCCCUAUGUUGAACAUCCUGCUCGGCAUAGGAUUAGGUGGCUGCUACAUGACAAUCAAACACGCCGAGAACAAGCACGAAAAGCACCCGGACCGUCCCCUCCACUUCAAACCGUACCACUUGGAUAUCAGCAGUUCGCUCAUUGUGAGUGGCGCGACGCUGCUGGUCACGCUCCUCGGUCUGUUGGUCAUGGUGCCGUUGAGGAAGUGGCGCAUGGACCGUGUCGUCGGGUGCAGUCUGGUGGUGCUCUGGGUCGUGAGCACCAUCGGAAACGUUGUCGCGGAGUUGCUGGGAUGGGGAGAUGACAACAUCAACUAA